CUCGCUGUCGAAGCUAUUAGAAGUAAAAACGUCUGUUCCAGAUGUUCUUUCAAUUGAAUCGAAUCUAUUAUUAAUUCGACCCAUGCGAAGAAACAGACGUAAACUUCAACCGUGUGUCUUCGAAACAAUAGCUUCUGUAUGCUUUGCAUUCUUUUCGAGGAAAGUUGUUAGGUUUCGAAGAAUUUGGAUAAAGAGUUCUUUGCUAGGUGUUCUGAAAUUAUAAAUUUUAGCUUUCGGUAUUGUUUAUUUGUUUUCUGAUUGUUUAGAAGUAUGUACAGUUGUGUAAAAUACUUUGAGAAUUUUAUUAUAAUAGUUGCAUAUUAUAAUAGUAGCAAAUUUUCUACGAAAAAGUAUUAAAAUUAUUAGAUCGAAAAUUCAUUAGUUGAAAAGAUAUCUUAGGGAGGGACCACUAGGUUUUCCCACUUACUCCCUCAAAUACCUUUUGGAAUAUUCAUAAAAUUAUUCGUAAAAAUUAGUAAAUAUUCUAUGAUCGGAAUCAUGGAAGUGUACUUACAUGUGUAUGCUUUUGAACAUAAAAGUACAAAAUAAUGAUCACAGGUGGUAGAUGUACAUAUAAUCAAACAUAUUUUGAUUUUAAUCCCAUUUUUCUAUCAAAUUAUGCAUUUCCAGUCUGUACAUAACUGUAAUAUAAUACGCCAACCAUUUAUUUCGUCAAAGUGUUUGAAAAGGAAUCUUCCAGUGGUGUUCGAUCAAACAAGCGGCGUAUACGAGCAGUCAGUAAAUCAAUGGUCAAUUUCAAGAACUCGUUACUUCUCGGAUCGAGACGUCGAUCCGAUACUUCCGGAUGCAAGGAGCCCCACUUCUGAUGAUACGCUCGCCUCCUGACUGUCUCACGAUCGAUUAUACGAUCGGUUAAGCAUGACCGAUCGAUCGAACUCGUUCGACGAGGAACGGCCUGGAUCGUCGAGCACACAGCUCGAUCUAUUGGAUCGUGUUGAACGUUGUCUAACGGACGGCAUCGGUUGCUUCUUUCCGCAAACAGAAUUAUCUCAUACUGUGCAGAUUACACCGAUUGAUGUGAGCAAUAAUUAUGCAAGUGAUGCUAAAAUUGGUUAAUAGCACCUUCGAGAUAUAUUACACUCGCAAGUUAUAUACACCUUAUUGGAUUUAUUGGAGUUUGAGUAGCAUCAACCCUACCACUUUCUUCGAAAGUGCCUCUCUCCUGAAGAUAUUCACGGAAGUGAUGAGCAUUCUGCAUGUUUCUUUUCUUUGAAACUCCAGGUAUUUCUAGUUAUUAAUCCGGUGUUUAUUGAAAUAACAUCUGCCUAGGGGUAUCACGAUUUGUAAAAAGAGAUAUGGCAGAAAAGAUGAAAGGUUCGGAUGCCGGGCAUCAGUCCAGGUGGAUGGCAAGUUCGGGGUCGAACACCUUUUUCUACGGGCAAUCUUUCAAGAAAGUGGCGCCUUUCUCGCGGUGAAAGAGGUCGGUUCGGGGGAAGCGGCGCGGCGAAUGUGGAGUAGAAUCGCAUUACGAGGGAGCUGAGUAACGGAGCGAGCGCGGAGUAGAGCGUAUCGCGUGUCGUCUCCUGGGUCGACGAGCGGUAUGCUCGUACGGAAUAUUCCUGGUGCUCGCCAGUCGCGUGCUGACCAGCCAACUGUGCGUACGCGUUGCCCUCUACGAUCCACCCUGAUCAGCUGUCCUCGCUUAGCCCGGUGAUUGAUGACAGAAAAUCUUUGUGAAAAAUCUUGUCAUCUGUCUCGAUCGGGUAAAUCCGAUCUCUUCUCGCGACACUUGCCGAAAUCUCGAUGAAUCAUUUGCAGGAUUCGAUAGCGGACAAGUGAAACGAUCGAUCUACGAACGCUUGACGAGGGUGAAGAACGUCCGUCUCGGUAAACCGCGAGUGAAUCGGGGACGGUUCCGAGUGCGGCGUUCAGAGUUUCAGUGAUCAAUUGGAACGAUAAGUUGGCGAGGAUCCGGUUAACUGGUCGGAAGAAAGAAUACAUGAGCCCAAUCGGUGGCUGUUCCUGCUUGAUGAGCCGCGUUCGACCGUCUCGGGUCUGAGGAUCCGAUCGACGAACAGCGCGCAUUGUUCCUUGAUAGAUCUUCGAAGAAAAAGAAACGGCGAUAGGAUGCUGAACGACAACGUGUGGAAACACAGGCGGGUGCCUGUUCCGAAAAGAACCAUCGAGCUAGUCGCUCUGGUAGCAAUUUCCAGCACCCUCUUUCUCUUUCUUCACACAAGAGAAUUGCACUCACGUCUGCGAAAAAUGGAAGUUCGUCUUCAGCCUGGAGAAGACGAGAUACUGUCAGCGAAUCAACUCUCAUCCGAAGGAGUUCAAACAGAUUCUAGUCCAAGUGGAAUCGUCCAUUACCCAUCCGGGCAUCGUCCUUUUGCAGUAAAGUAUAAAGAACUAGAAGUUCUGGACAUAGAUGCCCUGAAUAACACAAAACGAGCUGGCAGAAAGGUUCUCUUUUUCAACCGAGUACCGAAAGUGGGUUCUCAAACUUUUAUGGAACUAUUGAGGAGGUUGUCAAUGAGGAAUGGAUUUUCAUUUAACAGAGAUCGUGUGCAGAGAGUCGAAACCAUACGUCUUGCACCCAUUGAACAGCUUCAACUUGCCAGGAUGGUCAGCGGUUAUGCAGAACCAUCAGUAUACAUAAAACAUGUGUGUUUCACUAAUUUCACCGAGUUCAACCUGCCUCAACCAAUUUACAUCAACAUAGUCCGGGACCCUGUUGAGAGAGUGAUAUCCUGGUACUAUUACGUACGAGCACCUUGGUAUUACGUCGAGCGAAAGCAAAUAUUUCCAGACCUACCCUUGCCAGAUCCCAAUUGGUUAAAAAAAGACUUCGAAUCCUGUGUACUUAAGGCGGACCGUGAAUGUAGAUACCUGGAGGGCGAAAUUCACGAAGGGAUCGGAGAUCAUCGCAGACAGACGCUCUUCUUCUGUGGUCACAGUGAGAAGUGCACGCCGUUCAACACUGUGGGGGCCUUAGAACGAGCGAAAAUGGCAGUGGAGAAACACUAUGCUGUUGUUGGUGUACUGGAGGACGUGAAUGCCACUCUCACGGUAUUGGAAAAUUACAUACCCGGAUUUUUCCAAGGGGCCACCGACGUCUACUAUGAUGAAGUGAACGCGUUCACUAGAAUUAACCGGAACUUCUUCAAGCCCCCGGUCAGCGAAGAAGUGAAAGACAUGGUACGAAGCAACUUCACCCGAGAAAUCGAAUUCUAUCAGUUCUGCAAGCAGCGUUUGCACAUGCAAUUAAGAGCCUUGAAGUUGACGAAGAAGACGCCAUUAUCGGGUUCCAACAGUUUGUAAUUGCGCCUUUUCAUCGUCGAAAGUGACGAAUGGUACUUUCAACCGCUGAAAGAAUUCGAAAACGUUUGAAACUAAAGCAACGAAGGAACGUGGGUAGAGGGAAUGGUUAAAGGAGACCCUUACACAAGAAAGCAAUAAUAAUGAAGAAAAAAUGUUACAGACAGCCAUUGUUUUUAAGAGAAAAUUGUUUGAUAACGUUGGAACAGAUUGUUGUGUUCCAUGAAUUUAUUUAAAGAAAAGAACAAAUGUUAUAAUAAACUAUACCUUUUGUGAUCCACGCGAGUGAGUGCUUUGUAUUUGAAUGGGACACUUGAAUCUAGUGCCUGUUUUAUUUUGUGAUUGUUUUCCUUAUUCUUAUUACAUGUAAUUUAAAGAAACGGUGACACGAUCGCUAAAAUCGUUAGAUCAGCGAAUAUUCACGACAAGAAGCGUUAAGAAUAUUUAUUUAUGAUAAUGUAAAGUCACCCUACUUGUAAAACACGCGAAGUGUUUCUGUAUCCAUUGGCGUAACUUGGAGCUUCUUCUGGAACGAGCCAGAUCCCUUAGAAAUUUUUCAAUUUUUAGAAUUUGGAAUUCAGAACAUUAAUUUUUUAAUUUUUCGAACUGAAACUUUGGAAUUCUGAAGUUUAAAAAUUCUGAAAUUUCGAAAUUUUUUAAUUUUACAAGGGACUUUUAGGGGGGCCAGGUCCACCUUGGCCCUUUCUUAGUUAUGCCAAUGAAUAUAUCGCUUCUCGAUUGUUUCUAUUUUGUAAUAAGUGAAGAACAUUGUGAAGACUGAUCUGAGCGACCAGACAUUAUUUUUACCAAUGGGUACUUAAUUGUUGUAACAGAAACACACAGGGUAACAGUAGGGUACUGCUUAUCAGAUCAUUUGACUUUUAAUGUUGACUUAAACUGUCUUCUAGUGUUCACUUUUUUCCUCUGUUUUUAUAAUAAACAGCUGCCAUUUCGAACUGUAUUUUAUUUCUUUCUAUUCCACGAUUUCGAGCGAUUUAAUUUGUUAUAUAGGCUGUAUAUAAUAACUUUCAAUGUUUCCUGAAAGGAACGCCUAAAAUAGAAAAUAUGUAUACAGGGUGUUACAGUAAUUAUGAUACAAUUGUUAGGGAUUAUUUCCUCUGGAAAAAAUUAAUUGAAAACAUACAAUAAAAUUUUCUUACAUACAUUAGUUACAUAAGGAAGAUGAUAAUUGCAAUGAUUUUUAAUUUAAUAAUUAAUAGAUGUUAUAAAUUUAUAAAUAUAAUUAUUAAUACCGCCAAAAUGUAUCUUUCAUAAUAUUGUUACACUUUGGUGAACCAUUUAUCACAUUUUCGACUAAAUCUACCUUGCUAUAUAAAUAAGGUCAGAGAAAGAAACUAUCGAUCGGUCUUCCAUUUAUUGUCUUAACAUAUAGAACGUGUGUUACAGAUAUAUUAUAUACGUUUAUUCAUACGUAUAGAUACUUCAUUCCUCCAUCAUCAUUCAUUUUGUUGCAACUUCAUUUCUCUCAGAAUCUUCAAACGUUGUCACCCACGCCGUACUCGAUCGUCUAACAAUAAGCACGAAAUCAUACCUAACUAUAAAGAAACAUCCAAACAAACAGAUUUGAUUAAAAAUAAAUUCUCAUUAACGAUUUACAAUUAACGGGGACUGGAAGGAAGAGAAAAGGGAAGUGAUCCAUAGAACUCUAUGCUACAAGACAAUUACAUAUUACAUAGACAAUUUGUUAUUAAUAACAGGUUCUUCUCGUUUCCUUUUUUACUAAUAAAGUACACAGUAGUCUGAGCGUUAUUUCAGUCUGAAGCAACAUUGCUUAGGUUUAAGAAAAUUUUCAGGAACUUUUCAGAAAUCAAUUUCCAUUAACUCCGUAUUGAACAGAUAAUCAGAGUAGAAGAGAUAGAAAAAAUAUAGUUUAAGAUUUAAACAAAGUGAUUUUCAAUAAAAAUAAAAUUAAAAAAAUUGUGUUACCCUGUUUAACUUAAGUUUGUUAAAAAUAAAUUAAGUUAAUUGCAAGAAUUGAUUUAUGAAAAGUUUAGUUAACAAAUUAUUUUCAUCAAAUUAUACAAUAAUUUUCUGUGGCAAAACAUCGAGCAGUAAAAUAAUUAUAUUCACUGUAUAAAAAUCAUAAAAUAUUACAUAAAAUCAUAUUGAGAAUAGUGUUAUUGCAUUAUGGUAUCCAAAAUCCACUAUACAUAACAAAUUUAUAGAAUAAAUAUGUCCAGUACCGAGCAAAGUAAAACGGUGGCUCCUCCACCCCCACAAGUUCCCUGUUUUACUCAUAAAUUUCGCUAACUUCUCACAUUCGCGAAUUCCCGGUCUUUCCCCGGGCUCUCGUCCUUUCCCGUCGGCGAUCCCGAGGAGAAUGACGAUGCACGGGAAGAGACCCCAUAUAUAUACAAGUCUAUGCCCUCACCACUUGCCUAGGAACAUUUUGCGCGGGAGAAUUUGAAUUGAUAUUUGUUUCAUGAUACAUUUUUCUUAAUUAUAUACUAAAUUUUAUAAUGUUUAUUAAUUAAAAAUGAUAUUAUUUUCAUUCUAAAUCAUUUUUAUUAAUAUUAAUAUUGUCAAAAUUAAAAUUUUAAGAAUUCCUUCUUCCCCUGUAACGCCAUCUAUCUCAGGGAAGCCUACUUUGCUCGAUACUAUACAUAAUUGCCGCGGAGAAUUCUUGAUUAAACGAUAUAUCUGAUAAACAACAUCACUGACCUGUUGCAAAUAUCCGAAACGUGUGAUUCAUAAGCAAAAAAAAAAAUAUAUAUAUAUAUAUAUAUCGUAGAUGUAUGACUGUAUCGAAAGACACCAGCUAUUUUUACACUCGCGAAGAAGUCUGUCAAAUAAAAGACGUGCUUUUACGAGCGUAAUUAUUUCAUAGUGGCCUUCGAAUGAUCGAAAGUACGGAGUACAGCGAUUAUCUUGUAUCAGUGAUACUUUCUGUGCAAUACUGAUUGCUCAGUUUUGCAAAUUUUAAAUCACCUUCUCAUUUAUUGUCGAACAAAGUGUAACACAUCAGAGAGGUUUUUUGAAUGUAAAUUCUAUUGAAUAAUAAAAAAGUUUUUGGAAAGAAACUCUUUAUCAUUUAUUUUAUUAACCCUCGAAUGACAGUAAGUGGCCCAAUUGUGAAGUGUAAUACAAAGGUGCAUCAAUUAAAAUUGGAAAUAAAAAUUUCCAAAUACAACAUUUAAAAAAAUAAUAGAAAGUUUAGAAAAUAAGAACACAGUAAAAUUGAAAAUUAAAUUUGAAUUAUUAAUCAUAGAUCAGAAAGGAUUCGAGGGUUAAAUAUUAGUUGUUAAAUAUCUCAUCUAAGGUACUGAAUAAUAUUUUUUACAACCCAAUUCAUAUUCCAUAUUCCAUCUUUUGCAUACGAUUUCAAUUUCCAUACGACGGAACAUCAAGGAUCAAUCCAAAAUUACAUAUUUAAAUAAUUUUAGUUAGGUAAUUAUAUAAAUCACACUACAUCUUUUAUAACAAAAUGAUAUAAUUUUUAAAUUCUCGCGCACCUCUAAUUUAGAAGAUUAGGAAAAUCACUCGAUCUAUGCGUAGGAAAACAAAGUACAAGUUUCUAUCAAGAUUUUCUCGCUCAGUCUUGUCUUCGAUUUAACGUGAAACCAUAGAUCCGCGCUUUCGAGCUCCCUCAAUAAACGGUAGCUAAUUAAAAUGUAAAAAGUCAUUAGGUAAAACAACCUUCUGCAGAUAAUUCAGUUUAAACUUUUUACUUCAAUGAAAUUAUGAAAAAAAAAAAAAAAA